UCUGACAUGAUCACAUGAUCUCGUCCGAAAUUGAUCGACGUUGAGGCAGUGUCUUUCGAAUUUAAUCGUUUUUGCAUGCACUAUGCUUUCACAAUUAUCGAUACUUUUCGCUGUCUUCGCCGCAGUUCAUGCCAACGGCGAAUUCAUUGUUUUUCAUUCACCAGACAGUAUAGAAUUCACUAUAAAUGAACGAGGACAUAUUGAACAAAGUUAUCUUAAGGAGAUCUUGUCGGCUUCUCUUGGUUACACUGGGAAGCAGAAGGAUUCAGAACAUAGCAUUGUCAUAUGGGAUCCAUUUUCAGUACCUAAGGCAUUGGUUGCUAUAGUGGUUGAAGGAAUAGAACAAUUACCUUUCUUAAAAGGUAAAGCUAAAAUUACAUGUCCUCUGAUUGAUGAUGAAGCAGAAGAAACUACUUGGCAAGCGAUUAGAAGCAGAGUGGAUGAACGAAGCAAUGAUAACACAUUGGUCAGGAUUAACUUGAGCGAUGGAGUUGAUGCUCUUGGCCAGUCAGCUCUCGGUGAGCUUAAGCCUACUAAAAUUGAGAAGUUAAAAGCUCUGAAUUCAAAGAUUGAGGAAGAUCAUAAAUUCGUUGAGGAGAUACAGCUUCUUCAUGCCAUUGGUGAUAAUGCACUUUCUGCAAAAAAGCAUGAUUCUGGUACAGAUGUUUAUUGGCUGGUAGUAUCAACACUCAAACCAUGUUUGGAAAUGCAUGGAAACAGUUCUGCAGCUGCUGAGGAGGCAUAUCAGUUGUUAAAUGAUGGAAUAGAACAUGUUUCCAAAGGCUUUUUAAACAUUUAUGACGGAAAGAUUGUUAUUGCAAUUUUCACGAACGAUGCUUGGAAGGUGAGGAAUGCACGGUCAGUUCUUGAGAGAAAGCGCAGAGACGACCUCCCGCGAGCCGGCGAGCAAGAUGAGCAAAAUAAUAAAAUGGAUGAAGAGGAGUAUAGAAUGCGUAGUACUAUCGAAUCCAACACAGCACUUGACAGCACUACUGAACGUACGGGCGUUCAGGAUAAUAGCGGAACGUCGGAAAAGUCCGACGAAGUUAAUACGGAGUAUAAGAUAAAUACUAAUACACAGACAAUAGGACAGCCUGAAUUUUCUGGACGUGCGAAAACGUACACGGAAGACUAUCCUGUCAUAUUCAACAUAAUGCUGUGGUUCGGCGUUGUUUUCGUCUUUUCACUCUUAGCCAUUUGUAUCGCCAUCGCCGAUAUGGAUCCAGGACGAGAUUCUAUCAUUUAUAGGAUGACGUCGAAUCGAAUGAAGAAAGAUAAUUAAGUGUAAAUACAUAAUUACAUA